CCAGAAUGAAGCACAAAGAAAAAGAAUGGUGAAACUAGCAGAAAAUGUGGUGUUUUUAGAUGCUACAUAUAAAGGAUUAACUGCCUAUGGUUAUUCAUUCUAUGCUCUUGUUGCAAGAGAUGAACAGCAAGGCCGAGGCACUCCUCCUUCGUACUGUAUCUCGUCAGAUGAUACUGGUGAAGUUGUCAAAAUAUUUCUGAGAUCUCUGAAGACUACGGCUGAAAAUCAUGGAUUUGAUUUCCGUCCAAGAUCUUUUAUGGUAGACAGAGAUACCAAAGAAAUCAGCGCAAUUAAUGAAGUAUUCCCAAACAGCUCUGUUUUACUUUGCUGGUUUCAUGUUUUACAGGCUGUGUACAGAUUUUUGAAUAAAAAAGAAUCUGGUGUAUCAGGACCCAUGCACGCACAUACCAGAAAAAAAGUUAUUGACUAUAUUAGAACUAUGAAAAUAUGUACCAAGGUAAUCAAACGUGAUAGUUAAGACAAAUAAAAUAUAAUGAACCUAUGAUACCACAGUGAAAUAUAAUAAUUUUUAAAUUGGUCAAUAAUUUUGAGUUGGUCCUGACAAAUUCAAAUAAUGUAUUCGAAUAUUUAAUAUGUACUAGGUGAAUGUUAAUUUACAUAGUAUAACUUGACCUGCUUCUGAUAAUAACAGUUUUAUAUGCAGAGGAUGUGAAACAUUGUUACAAAAUUAAUCACGAGUG